ACACGUGGUCAUGCAAAUCUAUAAAUAGAGGUAGUAGAAUCCAUUGUUCGCCUGUGUUGUCUGAAAGCUACUCGGUAACAUGGCGUCGACAAGCCGCGGAGAGGCCCUGGCAUUACCCAGAGUGACGUGCCCAAACCACCCUGAUGCCCUGCUAGUGGAGGACUACAGAGCCGGGGACAUGAUCUGCCCCGAGUGCGGACUUGUUGUCGGCGACCGUGUGAUCGACGUGGGCUCAGAAUGGAGGACCUUCACCAAUGAGAAAGCCACCAAAGACCCGUCCAGAGUGGGAGACGCCCAGAACCCCCUGCUGAACGGAGGAGACCUCACCACCAUGAUCAGCAAGGGCACCGGCGCCGCCAGCUUCGACGAGUUUGGCAACUCCAAGUACCAGAACCGCCGCACCAUGAGCAGCUCGGACCGCGCCAUGCUGAACGCCUUCAAGGAGAUCACCACCAUGGCGGACCGCAUCAACCUGCCCAGGAACAUCAUCGACCGAACAAAUAACUUAUUCAAGCAAGUUUACGAACAGAAGAGCCUGAAAGGUCGUGCCAAUGACGCCAUCGCCUCAGCCUGCCUCUACAUCGCCUGUAGACAGGAAGGAGUCCCCAGGACAUUUAAAGAGAUCUGCGCCGUGUCCCGCAUCUCCAAGAAGGAGAUCGGCCGCUGCUUCAAGCUGAUCCUGAAGGCCCUGGAGACCAGCGUGGACCUCAUCACCACCGGGGACUUCAUGUCCCGCUUCUGCUCCAACCUGGGCCUGCCCAAGCACGUGCAGAUGGCCGCCACCUUCAUCGCCCGCAAGGCGGUGGAGCUGGACCUGGUGCCCGGCCGCAGCCCCAUCUCCGUGGCCGCCGCCGCCAUCUACAUGGCCUCCCAGGCCUCGGCCGAAAAGAAGACCCAGAAGGAGAUCGGAGACAUCGCCGGCGUGGCAGACGUGACGAUCCGGCAGUCCUACCGGCUGAUCUACCCCCGCGCCCCGGACCUCUUCCCCCCCGACUUCAAGUUCGACACACCCGUGGACAAGCUGCCUCAACUGUGAAGACCGCCGCGCGACACACUCAUUGAAGACACUUUCUGCUGUAAUCCUAGGGUUAUAUUAUCUCUUUUUUAUCAUACUUUGUUGGAUUUGGAAAGAUUAUUUCCCUCCUCACUUAAGACUCCAAGCCUUUGUUUAGGCACUCUCGCAGGAAUACAAAGGACACACAUUCCAGUGCUUAAACAUACAGAUAGCAGACUGUGCAGACAGUGUUUCAUUUGAGUGUAUAUAGCUUGUAUAUAUGUCCAAGUCAAAACGUGUAAUAAGUGCUUUCACAAUUUUAGGCUGGUUUCAUACUAUAUACGAUUUUCUUUUUUUUGUAGAAAAAAUAAUCUGGUUCUAUUUUGUUAGCUUGCAUUGUCCUCAGUAAAUUAAGAAAUGAAAGUUUUUCCGUAAAGCAUAGUUCACCUCAUGGUUUGAAAAAAAAGAUUAAACUCUGUUUACCAAAAGCACUUGCCUCUGUUUGACGGACAGAUGACCCUGGGCUGGUAUCUUGCCACGAGGGCUUCUCGUGGGUUAUGUUUAUGUUUACUCUGCUGUCUAAUGACUUGGUGAAGAGCAGCCUGUAUAACUUAGGCCAUCAUCGGUCAUGGUCAGGGGAAUGGGACCACCUGUGUUCCCAAAGCCUGACCAGUUCAUUACCAGUAUUUCCCACUUGACAAUCCAAUCGAUAUCCUCUUUAAAGUUGAAAUGUGGAAUCACUGUAGUUCUAAGGGCAUACAAAAAAUCAACUAAAUUGAAAGGUAAAACAAAAUAUAUUUUGGAUUCCUAAUCAGGUGAGGCAAUCUGUUGACCUUCAUUAAGACUAUUUAAAUGGACAAUUAUUUUACCACCAUGAUAAAGACCCUGCAUUAACGCCUGGUAUUAAAAUUGGCUUUGAUUGGCACCCAAAGGUGUUCUGUUGCAAUCACCCCAAAUAUAACUACAAUGAAUACUGAUACAACUACAUUUGAACACUUGAGUCGGGGCUAACAAAUAGUUUAAUCUACAUUCACUGUUUUCAAACAAUGACUGAAAAGAUAUUUAAAGCAUCAAUGGAGGCGGUUGCCUCCGGAGCCAGCAUGUGCAGGCGCGGCUGUACGACAAUGCGGAAGGAAAGAAGCAAACCCCAUUACUAAAUAUAGGCCUUCAUCCUGAAACCAAGACUGCUUUCAUAUAAUUUCAAAUGCAAAUCAUACACGGUGACAAUGACAUCUCAUUGGCUGGUUUUAUCUCUUUCGGCAGAAACUAGUCACAAUUCGAACCUUAACAUUUAUAGGCCCAGUGCGCCCCGCUGUUAAAACGACCAUCUAAGGAAACCCAACAUUGAAUCUAUAGU